CCAACACAUCACUUAGUCCCGAAGGAAGGAGGUUCAAUUCCAGGAGGAGGAGCCGAAUCAGAGUCCGACUCCCAGCACAGCUUUGGUGCAGCAGAGGUCCACACAAGAAGAAGACCUGACAGUUCCCAUCCGAGCCCCCCUUACACCGAACCACAAACCGAACAUGGAGCGCAAAAUCCCGGACUUCUCCGGCACCUGGGAGAUGAAGAGCUCGGAGAACUUCGAGGAGCUUUUAAAAGUGUUGGGCGUCAACGUGAUGCUACGUAAGAUAGCAGUGAAGGCGGCCUCAAAACCGCUGGUGGAGAUCACGCAGGACGGAGAGACGCUCUCCAUAAAGACGUCCACCACCGUCCGGACCACCCACAUCACUUUCACCGUGGGACAGGAAUUCAACGAAUCCACAGUGGACGGACGUCCCUGCACGAGUUUUCCACGUUGGGAGACGGACACUAAAAUCAGCUGCGAGCAGACCCUGCAAAAAGGGGAGGGGCCUAAAACCUCCUGGACCCGGGAGAUAACCAAUGACGGCAAGCUGAUCCUGACCAUGGCAGCAGACGCCGUGGUCUGCACCAGAGUCUACGAGCGCCAAUGAACGCCAGCACUUCUCACUUUGGCUUCCGCUUUGACGUCCAAGACAACACCAGGAGAUAUCCGCCUGUAGUCCGCUUUUAUUCCCACGCUCCGUGUCAUUAUUAUGAUCGUAUCCCAAGUGCUUUUUUUUUUAUCUUAGCCUUUUAUCCGUGCGCUCUUUCAAUAUUUUUCUGGAUCAAAUUUAAAGGAAAAACUGCACUUUUUGGGGGGGAUGUUGCCCAUGAUUCACAACCUGUGUGCGUUCUAAAGAUAUUAAAACAGCUAAAAACAGGCAGCUAAGAAUACACUCAUGGGAAUUCCACCUAAAAAACUCCACAAAGCGCCAGCAGUGCUACAUUUAAAUAUCAUGUGACGUGCAUAUUAAAGCGUUUAAUAUUAGCGUUUUAUUAUUAUUAUUAUUAUUAUUAUGAUGACUCAAUCAAUCAGCUAUUUGUCAGAAGACAACUCCUUCAGUAGCGGCCAUUCCAGACCUUCUAUGGAGCCUGGAGCCUAUCCCAGCUGACUUUGGGGGAGAGGCGGGGCGCACCCUGGACAUUCAAGUUGAACAAUAUGGACGAUUGGGAGUGGUCAGUGAAGCUAACAUGAUUUUGGAAUGGAGGUGGGGGGCGUGAGUACAUGCAAACACAAGCAGAGAAUCGAACGGAUGAUGGACUGGACGGUGAGCAACAUUCCCCAAAAAAGUGCAGUUUUCCUUGAACUAUGUACCGGGCCUUGUAUGACCUGAUUGUGUGUGUGUAUGUGUGUGUGUAUGUGUGUGUGUGUGUGACUUUUUUCAUUUGCUAUUUAUUACGACACUGGAGGACCGGCACGGUGUGGAAGUGGUGUCUCCUCAUCUGACGUGAUGAUGCCAAGCAACCUUUUCUAUGGAAAACAAUAAACUCAAGCAACUUUGACUUUGAAGUCGGCUUCCUCA